CAGACAGGCAACCUAAUCAACUUAUUUCAGUGUAAGCAUUUAACCAUUUAUAAAUGUUUUAUUUCAGGAGAACCACUAACACCUGCUGCCUAAUAAAUACCAUGUAAUGUAAUCCAUCCACACCCAAGCUAAAUGAUGAGCUGCAUCCAUUGCUUUCUGAUUUUAAUUAGACCCUGGGAUGUUGCUCAGCCAAGAAGGCCCACAUGAAGAAGGUAAAUGCAGCUUUUAUGCAGAGGGGGCUGACAACUUCCUCCAAGGCAGCUAUUGCCAGAUCGAAUCUUUCGAUUGUAACUGAAACAAUUUGCAUACUGAUUCUUCUAUUGCUUCCAGAUCCAUAACAAGGCAGAGAGCUAUUCAAAUGCAUGAGGCAUCCUUAAAUGCAAGCAAGGCAAGGCUCACCAAAAAGCCACAGGGUGAGGAAAAAAAAGCACACUGCGAAUUCUUAUCUUUUCUAUCAUUAUUUUUUAAUACAGAUUUAUUUGUGUAUAUAUAUUUAUUUUUUUUUAUUCUGGAUGCAGGCUGUUAAUUUUGCAAGCACACACACCAAUAAUGCAGGUGAGGAUAUGGACCAGAUGCUGGCAACAAGGAUGGAGCAAAUAUUGCAAAGAUGCUUUGACCUAUGCUGGAAGAAGAGGAGGUUUGGAAAUGGAUACUGCAAGAUCUCCAGAGGAGGGACAGACCCAGACUACAUAGAGGAAGAUUAUGGCAUUUUUAAGGGGCUGUGUCUCUUGUACCAUGCUGAUGGAGGAGGUAUCAGUGUUUUAUCAUGUCACAAUAUAUCCUUCAUUUCUUUUUACUGUAGUCCUCAAUAAAUAUGUUAUCUUCAUUUUUAUGUUUUUGUUUUGUUUUUUGUUUUUUGUUUUUGUUUUGGAUUUGUUUGUUUGUUUGUUUUUUGGAGGGGGUCGCUGUCUGGUGUUUUAAAAGGACUAACAGACACCCCCUCCCUGCACUGACGUCUCUUCUCUCAAAUGAAAUGAUUCAGAUAGAUUUUUUUUUUUCUUGCUUUCUAGAGGGUCAAACUUAGGAAAGGACCUUGGGUGAAAUGUCAAAGAGGCAACUUGCCAUCAAAUCUGCUAAUGUGUUCUGGAUCAAGGGGGAGAGCAGAUCUCACUGGAUCAUGAUAACCAGGGCACUGGUACACACCUUGCGUCAAGUGUGGGGCUAAAGGCAUGCGGGAGGAGGAUGGAAAGGAGGGUAUUUGGCAGCCUGCUGGGUUUAGUGGGCACAAAGCAAGGUUUUACUGCUUAUCAGAGGUCAGCAGAGAGUCACAGGAUAACAUUCUGCUCUACUGAGUGUUCAUCACUGCUCCAGCCUAGGGUCAUUCAAUGGGCAGCUCUGACACAGGGCUGGGGUAUAUAGAUAGCAGGCAUAUAAGGAGAGAAUAACCUGAACGGAUCGCUUUUAUAUCUUUAACACGUGUACACCAAGCAAAAAAAUAUUAUAUGUGAUAGAUAGAUGAUAAGUGUGUGUGUGUGUGUGUGUGUGUGUACAUAGAGUACAUUUUUAAAAUACAUGUAUGUAUGUAUGUUCCCUAAGUGUUCUCAUGCAUUGAAAUAAAGAGAUACAACUAUAUAGAUAUACAUGUGUAUCUGUGUGUAACUGUAUAUGUGUAUCUUUCCAUUUAUGUGUGUGUACUGGACUUUGUGUGCGUAUAUGUGUGCGUGUAUAUUUGUGUUUAUUUUGACCAGAAAGUUUUAAUAAUAUCCCCCUGAAUUUGGUUCUGGAUAUUUAACCCUUGAUAUACAGGAGGGCGGGCUCAAUAGGGUGGCAGCACUCUGUUUAAACUGGUUAUAUAAUGGAUGAAAGUUUUUGUGAAGGGGCAGGUGGAGGAGGGGAAAUUGGUGUGUGAAUGUAUAUUGCAGCUUAGCAUUCCGUGUUAGCACACUAACCACGAUGUGUUUGUGAAUAUGAGAAAUGUCAUUUUCUGAACUGGGAACAUUCGAUACAUUUGUAUGAUCUAAACAAGAUUGGUUUCUGUUAGUCGAGCCAAACUGAAAAAUAAUAUGAUUUUAUAAUCUCAGGUUAUUUUAUAACAUGUGAAAUGUAUAAAUUCGAGUGUCAAUUACUUCAAUGUGACAAAUUAUUUUAAUCUUAGUUAAAAAAAAUAUGUGCGUAUAUGUAUUUAGUAUAUAUAAAUAUAUGUAUAGUGUGUGUGCAAGAAUUAAAAGGGUUGGUUUUCCUGUAUUAGCUAGACUUCUGUGUAUACAAUGUUUCUCUGAUAACAGACCCCAGGUGUUUGUAGAAAGGAUCACAGUCAGUUCUUGUCUGAUUGAUUUUGCUACCAACCUUAAUUAUCAAUAUUGACCUUAAUAAUAAUCCUUAAUUGAAACGUUAUCAGAAAAUAUAUAUAUAUAUAUAUACAUAGCACACACACAUGUAUCUAUAUUAUAAAAUAGGUGUACACAUAUAAAUGUAUAUGUAUGAAAAGGCAGAGAGAACGAGUGAGUACAUUAGUGUACUAGAGUCUUUUAAUUCAGAAAUAUAACAUUAACUCUCUACCGGGGAAGGCUAGCAGCCUAUUCUAGCUGUGAAAGGGUUAAAAAUUUGGAGACCUUGGUCCCAUCCUAUAUAAUGAUUUGGGAGAAGCGGAAAUGACGUUUUGGCCAUAUAAAAGUGCCUGGUAAUUGGUAUGCAAGUCAGGACACAUCCAUGCACACAAUCAGUUCAUAAUCUCAGGUGAUUCUAAAAGACUGUGCUGUGUGCACUACAGACAAUGCACCUUGCAUGUAUACUGCAAAUAACAGCAUUGUAUACCGGCUAGUAUACAUAAUUAAAUGGGGCUGUGCCCUGUAGAUCUGAAAAUUCUAAAACCAAAUACUAUGGUAUUUUGCAAAAAACACAGUGAGAAUUUAUGAUGAGGCUUGACGUAGUAAUCAAUAGUGAAGCUAUAUGGUCAAAUAAGCCAGGAACCAGAGUCUGAUAGUGUGUUAUGUGCAUGCACACAGCAAUUACUAUAAAUAGAAGAGAAUAGCUUAAAACGAAUUUAUUUCCAAAAUCACUGGUUAAGAAUAUUAUAUUUAACUCGAAGAAAUUCGGUAUAUUUUACAAAUACAAUGUAAAAUGGUCACAUCUUAACAUAUUGAGAAUGGGCAUUCCUAUGUUAAAUGUUUUAUGGUGUCCAGGAGGCUAGUGAGUUAAUUAAUGCAUGUAUGGAGUUAAUAUGGCGCUGUAUGUAUGUAACUCAUAGGGUGAUGCCUGUUUGUAAAUCCUAGAGUAAUCCUUUCAUGUGGCUAAAUAGCUAAUAGGGUAAUGCUUGUAUAUAAUUAAUAGGGUGAUCCUGUAUAUGACUACUAGGAUAAUCCCUGCAUAUAACUAAUAGGAUAAUCCUUGCAUAUAGCUAAUAUGGCAACUCCUGUAUAUAGCUAAUAGGAUAAUACAUAUAUAUAACAGGGUAAUAACUGUAUAUAGCUAAUAGGAUAAUGCAUACAUGUAACUAAUAGGAUAACUGUAUAUCGAUAAUAGGGUAAUAACUGUAUAUAUCACUAAUCGAAUAAUCCAUGUAUAUAUAACUAAUAGGGCAAUAUCUCUAUAUAACGAAUAAGGUAAUUCCUGUAUAUAGCUAAUAGAAUAAUACAUAUAUAUAGCCAAUAGGAUAACUGUAUAUAGCUAAUAGGGUAAUAACUGUAUACAGCUAAUAUGAUAAUACAUAUAUAUAACUGUAUAGCUCACUAAUCGAGUAAUCCCUGUAUAUAUAACUAAUAGGGCAAUAUCUAUAUAUAACGAAUAAGGUCAUGCCUGUAUAUAGCUAAUAGGAUAAUACAUAUAUAACUAAUAUGGUAAUACCUGUGUAUAUAUAACUAAUAUAUAACGAAUAAAUAAUAUAUAAUAAAUAAUAUGUAUAUAACUAAUAGGACAAUACCUGUAUAUAAUUUAUAGAGUAAUCCCUGUAUGUAUAACUAAUAGGACAAUACCUAUAUAUACCUAAUAGGAUAAUCCCUGUAUAUAAUGUAUAGAGUAAUCCCUGUAUGUAUAACUAAAAGGACAAUACCUAUAUACAGCUAAUAAUCAUCAUGUAUACCUAAUAUGGCAAUACCUGUAUAUAGAUAAAAGGGUAAUCCCUGCAUAUAGCUAAUAUGGCAAUACCUGUAUAUAGCUAAAAGGAUAAUCCCUGCAUAUAGCUAAUAUGGCAAUACCUGUAUAUACCUAAUAGGGUAAUCCCUGCAUAUAGCUAAUAUGGCAAUACCUGUAUAUAGCUAAAAGGGUAAUACCUGUAUAUAGCUAAUAUGGCAACACCUGUAUAUACCUAAUAGGGUAAUCCCUACAUAUAGCUAAUAUGGCAACACCUGUAUAUACCUAAUAGGGUAAUCCCUACAUAUAACUAAUAUGGCAAUACCUGUAUAUACCUAAUAGGGUAAUCCCUGCAUAUAGCUAAUAUGGCAAUACCUGUAUAUACCUAAUAGGGUAAUCCCUACAUAUAACUAAUAUGGCAAUACCUGUAUAUACCUAAUAGGGUAAUCCCUGCAUAUAGCUAAUAUGGCAAUACCUGUAUAUACCUAAUAGGGUAAUCCCUACAUAUAACUAAUAUGGCAAUACCUGUAUAUAGCUAAUAGGGUAAUCCCUGCAUAUAACUAAUAUGGCAAUACCUGUAUAUACCUAAUAGGGUAAUCCCUGCAUAUAACUAAUAUGGCAAUACCUGUAUAUACCUAAUAGGGUAAUCCCUGCAUAUAGCUAAUAUGGCAAUACCUGUAUAUACCUCAUAGGGUAAUCCCUGCAUAUAGCUAAUAUGGCAAUACCUGUAUAUACCUCAUAGGGUAAUCCCUACAUAUAGCUAAUAUGGCAAUACCUGUAUAUAGCUAAAAGGAUAAUCCCUGCAUAUAGCUAAUAUGGCAACUCCUGUAUAUACCUAAUAGGAUAAUCCCUGCAUAUAGUUAAUAUGGCAACUCCUGUACAUACCUAAUAGGGUCAUCCCUGCAUAUAACUAAUAGUAAUAAUGCUGUAUGAAUCUGAUUGGGUAAUGUCUAUAUGUAUGUAUGUUCUUGCUCGUUCUUUGCUAUGUGUGGAUGUGUACAAUUCACUGGUGUAGCAAAUACAAUUAUAUAACAUUAUAGUGAUAACUACCAGGUGUAAUUAUUCAAAAUAUUCAUGCAUCAUAUUAUUAAAAAGGCAUUUCAAAUUCAGGGCUUGCUAGUUUUAUUGUAACCUGGGGGCUCUGUCUAUCUAUCUAUCUAUCUAUCUAUCUAUAAAUCUGUCUGUCUGUCUGUCUAAUCUCUGUGUGGAACACAUCUAUAGUUUCUCUCUAUAUGUAAUUAUGUAGAGAGAGAGAGAGAGAGAUUCUGUAAAUAUAUACAAUCACUUAAAAAUACUUUUCUUGCUUGAUGUCCAUAUUCUGAAGAAAGCCAACUAAUCGAUAUAAAUCAGCAUUACGUGCUAAACAGAUACAAUUGAAAUUAUAUAUACAGAUAAAAUAACACAAAUGUUUUUCUCUGUGUUAAAAAAAAAAGAAAGUGUACCCAGUUUGGGUUCUAAUCUUGAUAAGGGACGUAGUUGUCCUGUCUUGUUUGCUGAAAUGGAAUAGAAUUCUAUGCAAUACAUUACCAUACGAAUGUAUGCACUAUUUAACUAAAAGACAAAAAGUAAAUGUAUGUAAAAUGAUACUUGAAAGGGCAGAACAUUAUUUGCAGUAAAUAUAUUUUCCUCUGUGUUUGUAUGAAAAUGAAAGUAGCUGUUCUCCAUUUAAACCAUAUAAGAAUACAAUAAAUCUAAUUUUCACAUCGAUUUUUUUUGUUGAAUGAAGUGAUAUCUGCAGUCCUUGGCUGGGCUUCUUUCUCAUUUGCAGUCUCUUGUUCAAUACAGAUUGCACAGAAUAUUGCAAAUGUUAUGGAAAUCAUCACAGAUUGUGUACAAGAAAAUAAAUCCGAUUUAAAUCAGGGCUCAACGUCACCGUUCGCAAUAUAAAACUUCAUACCUUGUAUGUUACCAAUAAAUAUAUCUGGUUAGACUCAGUAUAAAUAUACUGAGAAUCACUAAACAGAGGGAUGGAUUAUUCUCUGUGUUGUGACUUGAGGACAAAAUAACCGAUUUAAAAAUGUAGAGUUAUAUCAGCCUAAUAGCUCACGUUGCCUUUCAGUUUAGCAUAAACUUCACUGUUUAGUACAUUCAAUCCUUUAUUUUAUUUCUGGAUAAAUCCUUCUAAAAAUUAUUUAGAAUCCACUUCUAAACCUUAACUCUAAAUAGAAUGAGGGGAAAUUGAGAGUAAAAUUGUAUGAUUGAUACAUAUAAUAUUAUUGGAAACAUGUAUAAAUUCAUAAGAAGGCACUUGUAUAUAUCAAUUACACUAGCUGCUUAUUUCUAUUGAAAUUGGUCAAUAAACCAUCUUCCCAAUGCUCAUAUUAAUUUUCUUUCCUUUGCCUGUGUCUCAGAUUACAUUAUAUUGCCUGUUUGAAGUGGCUAGUUUUAUUUUAUUUUACAUGCAUUAAAAUAUUUAAAUUUUUUUGAGAGUUCCAAGGAUGACUUGAUAUUUGUGACAGUGAUUAUUUGUCUAUUAGUUUGCACUGUGCCUCUAUUUUUAAGAAUAUUCUUCUUUGGAUUGUAUUUAUGAUUGUGAGAAGUGAACAAUAAAUAUAAUAAUGUUUUUAUAUUAUUUUUCUACAUCAUCUUUACUACAAGCGAUCUUUUUUUUUUCCCAUCAAAGAUUCACUGGCAUUUAAAUGUGUUUAUUUUAGCAAAUCACUUAUUAUAGAUGGAUGCAGAACCAACCAGUGUGGUUAAAAUCCCAAUAAAAUCAAUUUAAUAUUGAACGCUGCAUCUGCCUCUAUUCUAAAUCCAAGUCUGUUUUUAAACCUCGUGUUUGAUAUUAAAUGUUUGCAAUCCUUAUCACUCUAUUUUAUAACCACGAUUACAAAUAUGUAGGGAGGGAGAUACAGUUAAUUAAAGUGACGAUCAUUCUGAAUAUCUUUUGCAAAUUUUUAACUUUUUGUAUAACGUGUUAACCUCUGAAUAUUUAAACAAUGAUACCACCACUUGUUUAACAAGGAAACUACGUAGUAUCCUAGCAACGCCAUAAUUUCCUGGCAGCAAGUAUUAAGUCACUUUGUAUCAAAUGAGAGGAACAUUAUUAUACAUACAAGUUACUCAUCCAAACCUACACACAUUAUUUAAAACGUUUUUGUUGUUUAAAGAUAUCAUUAUAUACAAUGUUGCCUUUUAAAAUAUAGUAACGUUGAUAGUGGAUUAACUAGGAAAAUAUUACAUAAUUCAAAAUACAAUAUAAAACAGUUACAAUAAAUUUAUGGUCGAUAGGUGUUGUGUUAUAUAUGUAUUGUUUUUAUUAUUGUACAUUUAUUAUAGAAAUAAAAAUACAAAGAGCAUUCCUGUUUUAAAAAAAAAUAAAUAGAAGGGAAAAAAUAUGGUACUGAUUUAUUUUUUAUUUUGAUAAACAUAUUUAUGUUUUAAAUAGUUCGUGUUUCAUAUUUAAGGAUUAAUUAUUAGAUUUUAAAUAGUACUUUCAUGUUUUGAAAUAUCGAACAAAUAUGUGGAAUGGAUAAUGGGGUCCAAAUGAAAAUAUAAAUAUAAAUAUUAUUAUAUUAUAUUUUUAAUAACACAUUUUAUAUUUCUGUUAUGAAUACUUUAUCAAGCUGUUUGUUUGGUUUUUUGUUCACUAAACGGCGUGUUGUGGUGGAUUAAAAACAAACUUGGAAAGUUGGAAAAUUAAACCGAAACGUAGAUUUGUAAAAUAUAGACCAAAUAGGUGGAAACGUCACCCUAUCAAUACUGGAGAUUUAUUUCAAAGCCAAUAUUUUUUCUUGAAUUCGUGUUUUAUUUUUAUUUAUUUUUUUUAAACUAGCACUGAGUGUGAUUGCAAUCAUAUAAGUAUAUGUAUUAAAUGCAACGAGUACGCCUGUUUUAGAGAAGUUAUUUAGGCAGUGCUUUGUAUUAAAACCAGGGCGUUUGGAGUGGGUGUAAUAUAGAUACAUUUCUUCUAAAAUUAAAAAACAAAGUGUGAGAUGAGAUAAACAAAAAAAAUAGAAUCUAACUCACUGAAUGGCUCAUUUUACAUUUUUUUCUUAAAUUCCUAUUCCUAGUUUUGGUAACAUAGGGCACGAUAUGAAGUUCAUACGCUUACAUUAGCGAUAGAAAAAAAGGCUUGCUAGUUACUAAACAGCGAACUGACAAUCUUUAGGAAUGAGAUAGAAAAGAAAAAAAUAAAUACAUUGACUGAGUUGAAUAAUUGUUUAGAAUUUUCUCUUUCUCGGGGAUUUAUUAACGUGUUUUCUAAUUUGUUUAUUAUUUGUAUGUAGGACAGAUAAAAAGUUUAUCCAUUGAUCUCUCUUUGUUUUUUUUCUUUUCCAUCAUUAAGAUCAUUAAUACAGGCUAUCAAUAACCCUGUCGUUUGCAGCAUAGCUUCACAGUAUUGAUUGGCCCAGCUAUUCAUCUCUGCCAUACAAGUCAUGGAAUAAUUUUCGCAUUACAGUAGCUUGGAUUUGCUUUUAAUUCAUAUUUAAAGCUGCAACCAGCCCUGUGGAGCUCUCUGUGCAAAGACUAGAGGCGCCUAAUUAAUAAUAAACUCAGAAACUAAGGAAGGCAUCAGGAGAUAAAUAAUUAAUACAGACAUCUAUGUCUCUCUCAAUAUUACAACUUUAAAGUUUGAAAGUCGGUAGGGCCACAAUGUCUGCAACCUGAACUUUAUCUCCCAACCCACCCCCUCCCAGCACACACACACACACACCAUUCUUAUGUACACUGGACUCUCAGAAGAGAUAGACUUUACUUUUGUGUGUUUCUGGUGUAUUCACAAAGGUGAGGUGUGGGGAGCUGGCAACAGGCAUACAGGAAUUGGAUCAGAAUUAAUUAAUUCAAGGCAUUUUACAUUUUAAGAUUUUUCAGUUUGGCCUAAUUUUUCAGUAAUCCUCCCUGAUCAUCUUUGUAUUCAGAGAGGAAGAGAGGGAGGGGGAAAUUGAUAAGAAAAAAAAAAAGGUGAUUGGGAAAGCAAGGGAGGGAGAGAUGGGGGUGUGAGCUGGAUAUGGAGUGAGAGAGACAGUGAGAGGGACAGGGGGAGAUAGAGCCUGUAAGGCAGAAAGAGAGUGCUUUUAAGGGAUGAAGGAAGAGAUCACUUGGAAGGGGCAGGGGAAUGGAGACCUAGGAAAAUGGGGAGACGGUACUGAUGGGAGAUUGGGGCAUAUGAAGGGAGAGAAGAAUAAUGAGGUGGAAGGAAUGAUGGUCUUGGAAGGGAGGGAGAGAUAAAAUGAGGGAGAGGGAGCUAGGAGGGGGGUAUGUGUGUGUAUGUAUGUAUGAAAAAUACACGUGUGUCAGCUACACACAUGCAAACACUUUGGCUGUAAAUUUAAUGGACAGAAUUCACAUGUCUUUCCUCUCUCUAAUGCUCAUAAGCAGCCAAUUGCCUUUCCAUUUAGCACAGAUUACACAGCACUGAAAUGCAUAUAUCGAGCACUAGGUGGUGAAGGGGUUAAAUCAGAUACUAUGUGCACCUAUCUCUGCCAGGCUGCUAAUGGAUUGCUGUGUGGUGUGUUUAGCAUCCGAAUAAUAAUGUGUUUUUGUUUGUUUUUGUAACUAAACUAAAAUGUUUUUACUCCUUGACACUUGGAAAAUCCAAUUAACAUUGCGUUACUGAUACUACUUAUAUUUGUUCAGAAUAUGAAUUUGUCCAAAUAAUAGUUUUCCAUUUAAGCAAUCUAUUAUUAUUUAUACACACGUAAAUAUAUAUAAAUAUAGAUAUAUAGAUACAUACUAGUUUGGGCAGGUGUCGGUAUCACAGAGGACCUACUAAUUCUAUACAGAAUUAUUUUUAGUGAAUAUGCCAUUGCUUUAAAGAAAAAUAUUUAUUGCAAGGAAAACCAUAUAUUUCCUCUUCAAUAACCACCAUAUACUACUUACUGACUAGAGACCACAUUGUAUAACAGUAAGCGUGGAUGUCCCAACGCUAGGUAUAUAGGUGUGGUUUGUUACUGAACAAAUUGUCAGCUAUAAGAGAAAAACACACAUACUAAGGCCGCUUGAAUGAAUCUUAACAAAAGUCUAAUUUCCUCAAUUGCAAAGCAGAACGCCACGCGUGUGAAUAAGGAAGGAAUAUCGACCACUCUGAGAAUCUGAGCAGAUGUUCCACGUUCUAUAACCCACCAAAGCCCUCCUUACUCCGCAAUGCUGUAUGCCACCCUGUGUAAACUGGGCACUUAGUGGGCAUUGCCUGGCUGUGGGUAACUUUAGGAAUUUCAAUCGUCAUAUUCAGUCCUGGCUGUAUGUAAAGAAUAAAUUUCAUAUUGAAAUAAACUCACAAGUUAAAAACAAAUAUGUGUGACGUGUUUGAGCAGCAAAAAAAAAAUGUGAAUGUGUGUGUAUCUAUAUAUCACUAUAUAACUAAUUAUAUAUACAUAGCUACACACACACACACACACACACAUAUAUAGAUAUAGCAGAAAUGAUCGCACCCCAAGGACUUUGUAGAGAUUUUCAAAUAAAAUUUAACUUUUAUUCAAUCCAUUUAAAAAGUCAACGUUUCAGGUCCCACAUGGAACUUUCAUCAGGACAAAACAUAUAUAUAUAUAUAUGAUCUCUCUCUCUCUCUCUCUCUCUCUCUCGCCUGUAAAGUUUCCAUUUUAUAAUUCCCUCUGUCUGUUUAUAAAUAGACAGUGUGAAUUGUAGAAUAGAGACUUUACAUGGUAUGUAUAGAUUUACACCUGCUUACUAUCAGACAUUCAGAUAAAGAAAGUGUAUUGGGCUGAAUAAUAUGAGUCAUUUCUAAAAUAGAACGUAGGAGUUUGAACACGUAUAGCGUACUGGGUGCAAUGAUCUAUUAUACUUAUCUCAAAUUAAAAAAAAAACCUCAUAACAAUAAUAAUAAUAAUAAUGAUAUGGGUAUAAUUUGAUUAAAAUCUUGUUAAUUUAAAAAUGGACUUUUCCAGUUGCAGUAUAAAUAUAUUUAUUCUAUUCAGUCUUAUAUCCACAUAUCUCUCCAGUUAAUUGGACUAUGAGUUUUUUUCUAGUGUUUUCCUACUUAUAACAUACUUUUUUUUUUUCUCUCCCUCCAUUAUCCCAGUGACAGAUGUAGCUGCUGUAUUAGUGGAUGGAUAUGUUAGCCAGUAGCCUGAGCAAGGGGAGAGAAUCUGAAAGCAGCCCCAGUGUCCAGCUGGUAGCUGUUGGCUUUUGGAGUCUUCAAGCCUCACCUUUGACAUGUAGCCUUUUGGGGAAGAGCAGAACCUUCCAUCCACUGACCAGUGCAAGCUGUCACCCCCAACACAAGGACAGCAAGAGGUGGAGGGGACAGGAGGCGUCAGCAUCUUCCAACUGCAUCACCCUGGAUGCUAAUUAGAAAUCACCUCUAAUUGGAACAGAAUAGACAACCAUGAUACUUUGUAUUGAUGUUUCCUCUUACAAUUACUGGUUUACCCAUUCCAUUGUCAUUGUAUUGUGAAGAAUGGGAGGGUGCUAGCCAGAUAUAUUUGUUUUAAUGUUUCAACC